UUCAAUUUUUUUCCCUCUAUAAUAGCAAGUCUCUAAACACCAAAACAUCUCCUCCUUUCUCUCACUCUCUUCAUUUUCUUUCGUCACACAAUGGCUUCUGCCAUCAAGAAAGUAAAUAUGAUUACCCAAAUCGUACGCCUCAAACAAGUCGUCAAGCGUUGGAAACACAAAUCCCUUAAGCGCCGCGGCGUUUUAUCAUACUCCUCAUCCGAGUCAGAUGAACCGGCUUUACCCGGUUCGAACCGCCGCCGUCGUACACCUUCAGGAUCUUUAGCGGUUUACAUCGGUCCAGAAAGAACCCGGUUCGUUAUUCCGACCCGGUUCUUGAACCUCCCUGUCUUUAUAUCUCUACUUGAUAAAGCAGAGGAGGAGUUUGGGUAUCAAAGAACCGGCGGUUUAGUUUUGCCUUGUGAAGUUGAGUACUUUUCGGAGAUAUUAAGGUUAUUGGACCGGGAUGAAGACCGGUUCGGUCAUUUUUUGGGUUUAGAUGAAAUGAUUAAUGAAGUUGGGUUUGAUGGUUUAGAUCACUCUUGUAAAGAAGCUGCUUCACAAGGAUUUGCUCCUCUUUUGCAUAAUGCUAGGGUUUAAACCGG